AUGGACGAAAAAAAUCAGAUAUUAACUACUAGGUGUUGGAUAAAUGUAAAUUGGAUUGAUUAUAGAUUGGCUUGGAAUGUUAGCGAAUGGGAGGGAAUUGAACAAAUUUACGCCCCGCACCACCGUAUUUGGUUGCCCGACAUAAUUUUAAUAAAUAAUGCGGCCCACGAUUAUCGAGGCUCUCUACUUUCAACAGACGUAAUUAUAACAAAUGCUGGAAAUGUUACUUGGCUAUUAUCUGCUUUGUUUAAAUCAAAUUGUGCUAUUAAUGUUAAAUAUUAUCCUUUUGAUGAUCAAGAAUGUACUCUAAAAUUCGCCAGUUGGGGUUCUCAUGAUUCCCGUGAAAUUGACAUUGGACUUACCACGGAUCAAGGCGAUUUAUCAAAUUAUUUGAAUUCGACAGAAUUUGAUUUGCUUUCGUUUAAGGCGGAAAGAAGGAUAAUUCCGUGUGUAUUAAUCUCUUCGAUGGCUCUUCUUGGUUUUUGUAUGCCUCCGGAAACUGGCGAAAAAAUUAAUAUGUUAAAUACGGUGAUCCUUUCAAUGGGUGUGUAUCUCCAAUCAAUUAUUGAAUCAAUACCUCCUACUUCUGAAACAGUUCCGCUUAUUGGAAUUUACUAUGUGGCAUCUUUAGCAAUUGUUUGUCUUGCAACAGCAAUGAAUGUCUACACCUUAAAUGUUCACAGGCGUGGAAUAACAAAUCAAAGCCGAGUUCCUUGGUGGAUGAGAAAAUAUAUUCUUGGUUAUUUGGCAACCAUUUUAUUUAUACGUGUACAUGAACCGGAUUCUGUCACUUUAAUUAAGGCUACAAAGACUAGACGUUCUACAAUUCGUCGAAUAAGUUUGUUGAGGGAUCUGAAGCAUAUAAAAAAUAUGGAAAAUUGUAAAGAGACGAGAACCGAUGAAAGCAAAAAUUGUGAGUGUAUGGAAAAUGGGGAAGUUGAGGAGGAAAAAUUGCCGUCUUCUUUAAAUUUGAAGAGAAGACUAACAUUUGCUGAUUGUUCAGAAGAUGGGUGUAGUCCAAGAAUUGAGAGACGAACUCGUCGUUUGACUCAAUGUACUCAAGAAAGUAUUGGAGGGGAAUGUGUAACACUUGAGAAAAUGUUGAUGGAACAGGUAAUGCCUCGCUUAAAUGCCGUACGUCCUGUAAUGUCUACAGAAUUUGAAGAACGAUUCAGAAAAAUUCUCAAACGUGUUUAUCGUUCUUUGCAACAAUUUGAAAUACGUGACGAGGUAAUUGAUGAACGCAAACGAAUUGUUUGGCAAUGGAGAACAUUGGCGUCAAUAAUUGAUCGUUUCUUACUUUUUACGUUUUCGUUUAUAACACUUUUUACCGUUACAAUUUUUAUUAUUUUUCCCAUACUUUUUCGGGAACGUCUUUUAGGGCAAAAUGAAUUUAUUUCUUAA